UUUUUUCAAGUGACCUAGAGUAGUCUUUUGUUGCUGGAUAGGUGGAAAGCUAGUUGUUUUUAUAUUUGUAUACUCUUUUUGUUUUUACUACUCAAGUCAAUAUAAUCAGGAAUCCCCAUUGGAGACCAACCUCUUUCGCCAGCUAAGCAUGAAAAAGCAUUCAAGUUAGCCCCUGGAUAUCCGAUAAAUGUGUUGCAUUAAAGAAUUGUGAAGAUGGAUUCCUUGUCACAGUUGUCUUCUUUGACAGGGGAAGUCAAACCCGAGGAAUAUAUUCUGCCACAUUACAAAGAAUCAUAUCGCUUAGCUAUCGAUGCUUUGGUGGAUGGAGGUCGGAAAACUUAUCAGGAAUUUCUCACAAAUGAAAAGCUUGGCGAUUUUCUGUCAGAGGAAGAGCUUGCAUUUAUCACACAGAAUGCAGAGAAGCCUCCUCAGGUAAAUCCAUUAGAUCCCUGUGAGGACAUACAGGAUGACUCAUCCUCCACUGGAACCUACUGGCCUGUUGAGUCUGAUGUGGAAACCCCAGACCUUGACAUUGGCUGGCCAGGUUUUUUGCCUGAACUGUCAAAGAAGACCAAUGUAGAUCUGUAUUUCCACCCACCGCGUCAGAAUUGCCCCACGAUAAAAGAAGUGAUAAGAAAGUCAAUACAGGAUGCAAGAAAGGUCAUUGCAAUUGUGAUGGAUGUAUUCACAGACGUGGACAUAUUCAAGGAGAUUGUAGAUGCUUCAGUCCGAGGAGUUCCAGUUUAUAUCUUGCUUGAUGAAUUUCAGUUUAAAAGCUUUCUUACUAUGGCUGAGAAACAAGGAGUUCAAGUUCAGAGACUCAGGAACAUGAGGGUGCGGACAAUAAAAGGGCAAGAAUAUCUAUGCAGAUCUGGAGCAAAGUUUCAUGGUGCUCUGGAACAGAAAUUUCUGUUGGUGGAUUGUCACACGGUGGUGUAUGGAUCGUACAGCUUUAUGUGGUCCUUUGAGAAGAUCAACCUCAGUAUGGUACAGGUCAUCACAGGCCAACUGGUUGAAUGUUAUGAUGAAGAAUUUAGGACACUCUUUGCCCGCUCCACUAUUCCAAAUGUAUUCGCUCCAGAGAAUGUUGCACUGGACGUUAAGCAAGAAAGAUGGCAGAAUGGCACAAACACAGUGUCUUCGUAUGUUUCGCACAGUCAGCCAUUUGAUAAAAGAGACAAAUUAAGGCAUACUCUUGAUACAGUGUAUAUGAAGGCUUGUGGAAGACAGCUCAAUGUAGCAAACAACAUGGGGGAUAUGGAUAACAAUGAAAAAUAUCAACAAAGAACAUUUGGCUAUAGACCAGGCCCUACUGGAUUGAAUGUACAGAAUAGAAUCCAGCAGCUUCAGUCCACUGAGACAAGUAACUACUCGAAAAGACAUAGCUAUGCUGGAGAGAAAGAAGAAACCCCAUUAUAUGUUCAAAACAGGGCAUCAAACUUUGGACCAAGUAAUUGGAAUGUAGGAAGAGAACAUGAUGGCUAUGGAGCUCCAGGGAGAACUGAUUUUAAGUCAAAGUUCAAUGCAUUUCAAGGUGGUGGUGGAGAACAGUUCCAAAAAGGCAGAUUAACCCAACCUUAUAGAUCAAAUAUGCGAAAAUCAUUUCAUGGAACCGACAAUCAUGUCCGUACUUUGCAACAAAAUAUGCCAACCCUUGAACGUACCACAAAGUCAUUCUUACGAACCUGGCGGAUAGAGUCCUACCUUAACAACUCUGAAUCGCCACUUGAAGAUUGUGGGGAUUAUCCUGCAGCACAGUAUGAUGGUUUAGAAGGAAUAGAAAACAAGCCAAACCAAAUGUACCCAGUUCAUUCUCGUCUUAGAUCAUCUCUCGUUUUUAAGUCAACCAUACCAGAGCAGCUAGAAACAAACAGUUAUGCAAGCAACUUAUCUACUUCCACAAUGAGCAGAUCUCAAGAUAAACACAUCAAUUCUUCAGCCAAUGUGUAUUAUGCUGCUGUGCACAGAAACCCAGCCAUGCAAACAGAAAAUAGGAUGAGACAGGAUGACUUUGUGCAAAAAAGGCGCAGUUUACAGAUAUAUGAUGACCAGAAGACACAUAUGAAUUAUGCUGCCAAUAAGGAAUCAUUUAUCCCUGUGUAUGCCACUCUUGGUAGAACAUCAGCCAAGAAUCCAGAUGUUUUACACCAAGUUGAGGGCUACGGUUAUAAAAGACACAGUAUUAAUGAGCCAAAGCCAAGUCAGGAUUACAGUGCUAAUAAAGACAAUUCCAGUUACAUGUAUGGUACUCUUGGAAGGAGACAGCCAGACAAGUAUGUGACCAGUCAGGGUAAUAACCAUACCCAAAACAAGUACGCACUUCAAAAUCUGGAUGGCCAAAGGUCAACUUCACAGCACAGUGUUAAAAUGGAAGCAGAGAAUAACACAUUGUCAACUUCUAAUUGGCAACCUCCUCCAUCAAGAACUGUGUCUGCAACCUCUCUUGCAGAUUCCAAGCAAGAAGAACAAAAUGCAGGAAAAGCAAACAAGGAAAGUGAAGGUUCACCACGCUUCUUCAAAAGAAGCACCAAAAAGAUUAAAUCUUUGCUUAACUUGACAGACAAGUCACCUAAAAGCAAACGUAGUUCAAACUACAAAAUAUGUGACAGUUCAGACACUUUAGUUUCUGAUGACGAGGACCAGAAACAUAAAACAAAUAAAGAAAAUAACAAGCUCUCCACCAGUACAGCAAACUCAGUCAAAUCUAUAGAUAGCCUUGGACAUUCCAAAAUAAAUCAAAAGCUUCAGCUGAAGGAGAACCAUUUCUCAGAAAAAGUUGCAGAUUCAUCAGCGCCACGAUUCAGUACAGAACAGCUCAACAGUGAGACAGACAAAGAACAGAAAACCAGUGCUGUCGUAUCUCCAGCAGCUUCCUCCACUGUAGUACAUCAUCAACCAGAGACAAGAAAAGUCCACCCUGAGAACUCCAGUGCAGUAUCACAAGCGCUGCAGAGGAAUCGUCCUAUUGACAAACGGGUUUAUAGCCGUUUUGAGUCUUUCUGCACAUUUGAAAACCACAGCAGUAAACCGACUGAUUCAAGAGAACAGACCGCAACCACUGGAGCCAUGUACACUGCCGAGAAGAACAAAAAUGUGAUCAGCGAUCAUGGAAGAACCAAUGCAGCAUCUGCACAUCAUACCCCUAUGGGAUAUCAAACAUAUUCACACAAUGACAAUAAAAUUGGCAGGUUUAUGCAGAGAUUCGUUGGGAAUUUGAUUCACAAACACAAGUAAGAGAAUGCAUUUCUAGGACUCACGCUGCCAAUGCUGAAACAGCAGCUAUCACCAUUUAUAAUACUGUCUUACAAUAAAAAAAAAAAAAGAAAACUGAAUAAGGUCAGUGGGGUUAGCUUUUUAUAUAUUAUUUUUUUCUUGGUGGAG